AUGGAUAAGAGCAUUAUCAAAUUCAGUCACUGUGGCAAAGAUAUUUUUUGUUUUUUUGUGCCAGAGGAAUGCCCCGAGUGUGGCACGAGCUUCAGCGGGAGAAGGCUGGAGGAGGCGCCCAUCAGCAUCCCCAACCCCUUCACCAACGGGCACAAAACACCCUGCGCUUUCUUGAUCGCCCCAGCAGAGGAGAACAAGCUCAGAGAAUAUGAUGGCGGAUCAGAUCUGCAUACUGGAAUUACUGACACGACUGGCGUUGUGUAUAACUACAUCAAGUCUGGCGUGCGGAGAGACCGUGAGGGCUGGGAACAUUGCAUUAGCAUCAUGUUAGUCCAGCCUGACAUGUAUAAUCUCAUCAAUCAGUGGGAUCAGUACCUGGAAAAAUUCUCCUCAGCCGAGAUAUGGGAUCCACUCUGGCAAAGCUUCAAUGAGGAGAACCACAACUGCUACAGCUACACGCUGAUGUUUAUAAACUGUGUGCUGGCCAUGCAGUCCAAGCGAGCGCUCAGCAAAGACGAGUUCACUCAGACUUUUGUUCUGCCACGGGUCAAACGAGCAUCCAAGUACACCAUGCUGUGUCAGGAGAUUUCCAAAAACCAUUUCUACAUUGUGGACAGUCCAAAGAGAAAUGCACAGGAAGGAAAGAAUGAUGAAGAUAAAGAGGGUUAA